AUGGAGCAUAUUGGAGUUGUUGCAGAGGGAGAAUGGACCUCUCUGAGUGGGAUGUACACUGCUGAGGAGGUAGAUUUCAUGGCUCAGUUGCUUGGAAAUUUUCCAUCUUCAAACCAUCCAAGUGGCACAUCAAGCAUGAGAGUACCGGACGCUUUCUGGCCCGGCGAUGAAUCACUUACAAGGAACAUGUCAGGCAACCAUGAAGGUUCACAUUAUUCAUCAGAAACUUCUCUUUCUGAUUGCAGCAAUAGGAUUCUUUUUCCCACUUCAAGCAACGAAAGCUACUACUUGAGUAGUGAUUCUCACCCCAUGUUGGUGACAAGCAAUAGUUCCAUGUCUAUUGAUUUUGGUUCUGGGGAUGGGAUCAGAAACCUCAAUUCCUAUCUGAUUGAAGUAAAUGAUCAAUGCUUGAACCAAGAACCAAGUGAGGGAAAUGCAGAAGAGUAUGGUGGCAACCAGCCUGAAGCUGUGGCUCUGGGGAAGAGGAAAUAUGAUAUGACAGUACAAGAACCAGCCAUGGAUGAUAAAAGUAACCCCUCCAAGAAUUCUAUGAAAGGAACUCAAAUUUCAGAAAAUAUGAAUAAGAGGAACAUAAAGUCAAAGAAGAGCCUGCAGAUCAUAACUAGCAACAAUGAAGAAGAUGGCAAUGCUGGCCCCAACAGACAGAGCUCAAGUAGUUGCUGCUCAGGAGAUGACUCCAAUAUUGCUUUACAUUCCCAUGAGAAUUCUCAGGAGCUGAGUCCAGGUAGUACUUCGACAUCAAGCUUGAGUCCGAAAAAGGCUUCAGCUCUCAACUUGAGUGGAAAAUCAAGAGCUAGAAGGGGGUCAGCCAUUGAUCCCCAAAGCCUCUAUGCAAGGAAAAGAAGAGAGAAAAUAAAUGAGAGGCUGAGAGUUCUGCAGAACCUUGUCCCCAAUGGAACAAAGGUUGAUAUUAGUACAAUGCUUGAGGAAGCUGUCCAUUAUGUGAAGUUCUUACAGCUCCAAAUUAAGCUGUUAAGCUCUGAUGAUAUGUGGAUGUAUGCUCCCAUCUGUUACAAUGGAAUGGACCUGGGACUUGAUGUGAAGCUCACCUCACCAAAGCAAUCAUAG